ACAGAGAGUGGCACAGCGCACGCGCCUCAGAACUCAACAGCUGCACGCAGGGAGGAGGACUCGCCAAGUAGAACAAAUAUGAUUCACAUUCAAACAAUUGAUUAGGUUCCUCCUCUGGACUGUGUGCUGAGCCUCCGAGGAAAAUGCCAACUCACUCUUUACUGCCGUUUGUGGACAGCCCAGAUGGCCUUCUCCAAGAUAUCCUGAUUAGUAACAAUGCAGGAAUCCCAGGGCCUGGUUGCAGCAUGACACUGCAGAGUGCUUGCACUGCAAAGACCAUGUUGCAGUCUGAAGACAGUGUCCAGCUAUCCUGCAUGUUUUGCGAUCAGGUUUUCACACAUCAGGAUGAGCUCGGCCCGCACGUGCUCACACAACACCCCACUACGUUCUACGAACCCACAGUGUUGCGGGUCGAUGCUGAGUUCAGGGUCCCUGGGGAGAGCUCUCAGCCCAAAGCCAGUGUCCCGCCUGUUCAGGAGGAGGCGGCAACUCCCAGCUGCAUCGUUUGUGGUCAGGUGGCGCACGAUGCCGGUGAACUGGAGACCCAUAUGAGGAAGCACAAGGACUACUUUACGUACUGUUGCAACAUUUGUGGACGGCGAUUCAGAGAGUCAUGGUUUUUGAAAAAUCACAUGAAGAUGCAUGUGAAACCGGGACCAAAGAGCAGAGCUGCUCUGGACCAGGAGGCCCCAUUCACCAUUAAUGGCAUCACCCAGGAGCCGUCCUUGGAGCCGGUCCUUUCUGUUUACAAAAUGUGCAUGGUUUGUGGGUUUUUCUUCCCUGAUCAUGACAGUUUGGCGGAACAUAGUAAGGUUCACAACCGAGAGGCGGAGCUAGGUAAAGAUGAAGGCAAGGAGAAGAUUGAUGGUGCUACUGAGUCCCACAAAAAGAAAACUGUUUUAUGUAGUCUCAACCUGCAGCCUGCUUCUGAAAAUAAAAGUUUAAACAAUGCAAGAUCAUCUAAGUGGAUUCCCCAGCUGGAUCCCUUUACUACAUAUCAGGCCUGGCAGCUUGCCACAAAGGGCAAGAUAGCAGUUGGUCCUAAUAAUACUAAAGAUAUCGGUCAGGAACUCAGCACAGAUAACGAAGACUGUGGCUCUGAUAAAGAAGAGAUGAGUGUUAUAUGGUCAGAAGGUCAAGGAGACAAAACUGUGAAAGAACUACGGUCUCAGCCGCAGUCUGCUACUGAAACCUCCAACCUACCGCGGAGGUCACUCAUGCAAAAACAUAAGGACAAAGAGAGGCCAACCACUUGUCAGGAGUGUCACAAAACAUUCAGGACCUAUCAUCAGUUGGUUCUCCACUCCAGGGUGCAUAAGCGUGAGAGAGGUGGAGAAGAUAGUCCAACUUCUUCUGCUGAUGUGAAAACACCAAGAACAGUCUCACAGGACCUGGCAGAGGAAGCACACGAGGAGGCUUUGGAGGAAAACUUGAUUUCAGGCGAGGAUGGUCUUGAUCGAUCAAAAUACAGGUCCAAAGAAUGCAGCUACUGUGGCAAAUCAUUCCGAUCAAGUUAUUACCUCACAGUUCAUAUGAGAACUCACACAGGUGAGAAACCCUAUAAAUGCGUUUAUUGCAACUACGCAGCCGCUCAGAAGACUUCACUAAAAUACCACUAUGAUCGUCGCCACAAAGACAAACGAAAUGGGGAAAUUUCCAGCAGAUCUGUACCUUUACUACCUUCUCCAGAUGUUAGUCCUGCCCCAAGCAGACUUAAGCUCUGGGAUUCAAAAGCAAAUGGAACACCUGAGGUUAGAUUUGAUGGGUUGGAUAUCAAACCAGACAAGCAUAUUGUACAACUAAACACAGAACGCAAUGAUGUACAAGUAGAGCAACCACCAGCAGUUAACCUGAAGAAGGAAAAGGAAGAAAGGAACGAGAACUCUGAGACCCCAUUAAAUCUGUCGUUGAAAGUGUCUGUUUCUAUAGCUGCCGAAGCCCGAUGUGCAUUGACGCCAAAUUCAUGCUCAUUUUGCACAUAUAAAACCCUUUACCCUGAGGUUCUGAUAAUGCACAAAAGGUUGAUGCAUAAAGACAAAUCGGACAACACCAAAAAGAACGACUAUGGAGGCAAUGUGAAACUAAGACGUUAUACAGGUUGCCCCCCUGCUCUGGAUGGGAAAGACGUUACUCCUCUCCAGACGACUGACAGACGCUAUCCUCGCCGGACCAAAUCCCCGCUUCCACAACCCUCCAAACCUCCAGAAGGUCUCCCAGUAAACCAGCCUCACGGCCCAAAGCGCUCACCGUUCCCUGCAGCGGGCCGAGACGUCACGUCGGGGUUUCAACCUUACCGACAAAAUGCUGAGUCCCAUCCCAACCAGGAAUCCUCCAGGUGCACAGAGGUUAUGAGGAAAACCAACGCAGGCAGUAAGUAUGUAGCGGACAGGACAGCUUCUCUGGACGGAAUGGGAGGAAGCGAAAGGAGCUACCCAUCAAAGAGCAGUGCCCUUUGGCACUCGGAUGCUGCUCGACUGUGUCUGUCGAGCAGAUUUGGGAGCCUCCCUCAAGUGGAUUUUGGUGACCCGUCUGGCAAGAGAUUGAAGCUUUCUGUACCAACAAACAGAGCGAUUGAGUCUGGCGAGAAAGUGUCUUUUAGACCACCACUAGAUGGACCCAGUAGGCUGCUGCUUCCAGGACGAAACACAUCGCAGGGGCCAGGCCCAUCCUCGUCUUCCGAGGCCCUGUAUCCAAUAAAAACCGGGUCUGCACCUCUGGGGGGAAGUUUGGAGUCGGAGUGGAACAUGAUGAACUUUCUGCACUACACACCAAAUGACCUGGCAUCUCUCUACCACAGCACACCAACAAACCCCAGUCUGGCCAACCCCAGAGUUGGGGCCAGAACUUUACUGUACCAACCCUUACCAAACCUACCCAGCCUUCCGAGGAGAGACCCCUCAACCUCUUUCCCACACCAGCGCUACGGGACCACUGACAAGAACUCCUAAAGUAAAAAGCACCAAGAUGUAAACAGAGCUGCUACCUUAUUUCGGAAAACGUUAUGGAAAAAAUAUUUAAUUUCUGCAUUUAUAAAAAGAGACUGUGCUGAGACUGUGCAUUUCUUGCCUUUAAUUUAAUGUAGAUUCAAUUGAAGAAAAUUUGUGUUGUUUGGAUAUUUCAGGGGCUGAGAAUUUCAUUAUACAGUUAUUUUCUUAUCCAAGCAGGAUAAGUGCACAGAUAUCUCUCCACUUGGUGUACACUGGGAUAUUGCUAUCAAUUUAAACAUUUAUCGAAAGUCAUAUUCUACCCACACUAAUCUUUAGAUAUCAGGUUAUGUAAGAACAAAAAGCAGUGCGUAAAAUUAGAUAAAAUCUGCCUGUAUGUGAGACAGUGUUUGUGUGAAAAUGGUGGCUCCAUUUGCCUUCAGGCAGCAGUUAAACAAUUUUGUUUUUGUCUCUUCCGAAGCACCACAGAGUGAAAAGUUUGAUGGCCUUGGCCCAUUAGAUUACAAGCAGGCCAAAUUUACUCCGUUUCCUCUGGAUGCUCUACCUCAUGCUGCUCUCUGUACACUUUGUUAUUUUUAAAGCUGCUGUUGCUAUAAUGUCAACUGAGCUUGUGUACCUUGAUAAAUGGAGUAUUUCAGAAAUUUUCAAAAACCACACAUAGCACACUGACACACAACUACAUCAACAGUUUUGGUUGUGGAUUAACUUCAUAUGCUUCAAGCAGAAAAUACUUUAGUUACAAGAUUCUUUUAAAAGGGUACAUUUAAUCAUUAACCUCUAGUGCCUCGGAUCCAUCAGCUGCAAACCGUGGUUCGGUUUGUAAUAAAAUGAUCAAACCUUGUCAUUUGACUGGUGCGCAUUCAGUCUUGAAUGUGUGUAGUUUCAAGUGACCUUUUAUGUGUGUGCCUGGAAAAAACAACCUAAAAGCAGCUAUUUUGAUUAAUGAUUCAAUUAAAUGUGAACUGUGAAGAAAAGAGUCUCAGGUUAACUGCUUUACUCAAAGCUCAGGUGUCGCUUGUGUAAUUUUGUGUUUCUGUUGCAUUGAAAUGCCUGAGAUGAAUAUGGGUUUUUGUAUUUGGCUUGCAUGUAAACGAUGUCAAAUUGAUACUGUUGUUUUGAGAUUUGUAUGACAUUUCAGUAAUAAAAACGAGAGGCAAAGAA